CGCAGACAGGGGGCGUCAACAUGGCGCUCUGUGCUCGACGACCGCACUGACUGCAACCUGCCAACGGGAGAGAGAGAGCGCGCGCGAGAGGGGGAGAAGCGUAGGCUACCGCUCUGUCAAACCUCCAUCCUUUUUUUUCUAGCCCCAUGAAUCCUUUCACGUUUUCUGGAGGAUAGGGCCAAUUUCCCGGGUUUUGAAACGCCUCCCGUCCCUUGUUUUCCCUCCCUCGGAUGUGUUUCGUGCAGCAGCAGACGCCCAAGCUUGUAGAGCAGGUGUGAGAGACAGCGGCGACCGCUCCUCUCCUCCCUGUUGCCGAGGGGAAAUGUCGAGCGAGAAGCCGGCUUCAGCACCACCGGGCUCUGCUUCCUCGCUCGCGGACACAGACCGAGACGCGCAGCCUCCGCCGGGCGCCUCAGCGCCGCCGCCGCCGCCGCCGCCGCCGCAGCAGCAGCAGUUCGCCGCGGGCGCUGGCUCCGGCGCCACCGGGGAGAGGAUGGUGUCCGCAGCCGGCUCUAUGGUCCUCCCGGCCGGGGUGAUCAACCCCGCCGUGCCCAUCAGGAAUAUCCAGAUGAAAUUCGCCGUGCUGGUGGGCCUGAUCCAGGUCGGGGAGGUUAGCAAUCGGGACAUCGUGGAGACGGUGCUAAACCUGCUGGUGGGCGGCGAGUUUGACCUGGAGAUGAACUUCAUCAUCCAGGAAGCGGAGAGCAUCGGCUGCAUGGUGGAGCUGCUGUCCCACUGCGAGGUGACGUGCCAGGCUGAGAUCUGGAGCAUGUUCACCGCCAUCCUCCGCAAGAGCGUCCGCAACCUGCAGACCAGCACGGAGGUGGGCCUCAUCCAGCAGGUCCUGCUCAAGAUGAGCACCGUGGACGACAUGAUCGCCGACCUGCUGGUGGACAUGCUGGGAGUCAUGGCCAGUUACAGCAUCACAGUCAAGGAGCUGAAGCUACUCUUCAGUAUGCUGAGAGGAGACAAUGGCAUCUGGCCAAGACAUGCUAUCAAGCUCCUGUCCGUGUUGAACCAGAUGCCUCAGAGACACGGUCCUGAUACCUUCUUCAACUUCCCAGGACGCAGUGCAGCGGCUAUAGCUUUGCCCCCAAUUGCCAAAUGGCCUUAUCAGAACGGAUUCACUAUCAACACUUGGUUCAGACAGGAUCCACUCAACAACAUUAAUGUGGAUAAAGACAAGCCGUACCUCUACUGCUUUCGCACCAGUAAAGGAAUCGGUUACUCCGCUCACUUUGUGGGAAACUGUCUCAUCGUGACGUCACUAAAAUCGAAAGGAAAAGGCUUUCAGCACUGUGUCAAAUACGAUUUCCAGCCCCGAAAGUGGUACAUGAUCAGUAUCGUCCACAUCUAUAAUCGUUGGAGGAACUCGGAGAUUCGUUGCUAUGUCAACGGUCAGCUGGUUUCAUAUGGCGACAUGGCCUGGCACGUCAACACCAAUGAUAGCUAUGACAAAUGCUUCCUGGGUUCCUCAGAGACGGCCGACGCUAACAGGGUGUUUUGUGGCCAGCUCGGAGCCAUUUACGUGUUCAGCGAAGCGCUGAACCCAGCUCAGAUCUUUGCCAUCCACCAGCUUGGCCCCGGAUACAAGAGCACUUUCAAGUUCAAGUCGGAGAGCGACAUCCACCUGGCUGAGCACCACAAGCAGGUGCUGUACGAUGGCAAGCUGGCCAGCUCCAUCUCCUUCACCUACAAUGCCAAGGCCACGGAUGCACAGCUCUGCCUGGAGUCGUCUCCCAGGGAGAAUCCGUCCAUCUUCGUCCACUCACCGCACGCGCUCAUGCUCCAGGAUGUAAAGGCCAUUGUUACCCACUCCAUCCACAGUGCCAUCCACUCCAUAGGAGGCAUCCAGGUCCUGUUCCCUCUCUUCGCUCAGCUGGACUACAAACAGCUCAACGACAGCAGCGUGGACACAACAGUUUGUGCUACUCUGCUGGCGUUCCUGGUGGAGCUGUUGAAGAGCUCGGUGGCCAUGCAGGAGCAGAUGCUGGGAGGGAAAGGCUUCCUGGUGAUCGGGUACUUGCUAGAGAAGUCAUCCCGAGUGCACAUCACCAGGGCGGUACUUGAGCAGUUCCUGUCCUUCGCCAAGUAUCUGGACGGUUUACCUCACGGCGCCCCGCUUCUCAAGCAGCUCUGUGACCAUGUCCUCUUCAACGCUGCCAUCUGGAUACACACCCCUGCCAAGGUCCAGCUCUCCCUCUACACGUACCUCUCCUCCGAGUUCAUCGGCACCGCCACCAUCUACACCACCAUCCGGCGCGUCGGCACCGUCCUGCAGCUGAUGCACACCCUGAAGUACUACUACUGGGCCAUCAACCCGCUGGAGUGCAGCGGGAUCACCCCCAAAGGUCUUGAUGGACCGAGGCCGUCCCAAAAGGAGAUCAUCUCACUCAGAGCCUUCAUGCUCCUCUUCCUCAAACAGCUCAUACUAAAGGACCGCGGCGUGAAGGAGGACGAGCUGCAGAGCAUCCUCAACUACCUACUGACCAUGCAUGAGGACGAGAAUAUCCACGACGUGCUCCAGCUGUUGGUAGCUCUGAUGUCCGAACAUCCGGCUUCUAUGAUCCCUGCAUUUGACCAGAGGAAUGGAAUAAGGGUGAUCUGCAAGCUCCUGGCCUCUAAGAGUGAAAGUAUCCGGGUCCAAGCCCUCAAAGUGUUGGGCUACUUCCUCAAACACCUCGGCCACAAGAGGAAGGUAGAAAUCAUGCACACGCACAGUCUGUUCACUCUGCUCGGGGAGAGGCUGAUGAUGCACACCAACACCGUCUCCAUCACCACCUACAACACUCUGUAUGAGAUUCUGACAGAGCAGGUCUGCACUCAGGUGGUUCACAAACCACACCCUGAGCCUGAUUCCACCGUCAAGAUCCAGAAUCCCAUGAUUCUGAAGGUAGUUGCAACCCUGCUGAAGAACUCCACUCCUAGUGCUGAGCUGAUGGAAGUCAGGAGACUCUUUCUUUCCGACAUGAUAAAACUCUUCAGUAACAGCCGUGAAAACCGACGCUGCCUGCUGCAGUGCUCCGUGUGGCAGGACUGGAUGUUCUCCCUCGGAUACAUUAACCCCAAGAAUCCAGAGGAGCAGAAAAUAACCGAGAUGGUUUACAACAUCUUUCGCAUCCUGCUCUACCACGCCAUCAAAUACGAAUGGGGAGGCUGGAGGGUCUGGGUUGAUACCCUGUCCAUCGCACAUUCCAAGGUGACCUACGAAGCCCAUAAGGAGUACCUGGCUAAGAUGUAUGAAGAGUACCAACGACAGGAGGAGGAGAACAUGAAGAAGGGCAAGAAAGGCUCUGUGUCCACCAUCUCUGGGCUUUCUGCCACGCCCGUUGUCAAUGGAAACCUGGAGAUUGAUGACAACUCUCAGACACAGACGCCCGAGAGCGAGGCCGAGUACAGCGAGGGGCCCGGAGGAGACUCGCGUAACCUCCUCGCAGAAGGUGCUGUGAAGCGACCCAACGGGGAGGCGCUGACGCCUGGGGAGCAGAGUGCUGUUCCCGGGGUGAGGGUGGAGGUCCAUGACCUGCUGGUGGACAUUAAAGCAGAAAAAGUAGAGGCCACAGAAGUGAAGCUAGACGAUCUAGACUUGUCUCCAGAAGGCCUGUGUGGAAGCGGAGGAGGUGGUGGAGGAAUGGAGAAUGGACCUCUAGUGGAGGUGGACUCUCUCCUAGACAGUGCCUACUGUGCUGUAGUCCAGAACCUGAAUGGGAAUCUGGCACCUAAAGAUGACACGCCGGGCUCAGGGAUUGGGAUGGGAACAAGCUUGGGGCUUUCAGGCGUCAGCCUAGAGGAUGAUGGCAACAUGGGUCCACUCAUCACACUGGCUGAUGAGAAGGAUAGUGUCCCGAGCAACAAUGGGUUUCUCUUCAGCAAGGUUGAUGAGAAGCUGCUUCCCGCUCUGGCAGCCCCAGACCCCCUUGUACUGGCGAGUACAGAUCAGCCCACACCAUCUGGCCCAGUCCCAGCUCACUCCAGUGCCACCAGUGCCAGUGAUGACCUCAGCUUGCUUGCUCAUAUGACUAGCUGUGGCUCUGAUCUAACCCAGACCCACGCAUCUGGAGAACUUCCAGAGGACGGGCCUUUCAAGAUCCAGAGCCCUCUUGCUGACAUCAGCUCCAUUGCUGAGGCUGAGAGCCAAUCCGAGAUGCAGGGAGCCUCCAGAGCAGACUUCACAGAGAGGGAGGGCGCAUCUGGGGCAGAGGGAGAGGCGGUGGGGCUCAAGACUGGCGGAGACACAGCUAGCACCACCUCUGAUACUGAGAGGUCAGAUGACGGGAAAGAUAAGGACACAAAAAAGAUCCAAACUACGGCAACUACCCAGGCCCUUCACGGUCGCACCGCUGCCCAGCUGGAACGGGACCUGCGGGUCGACCUGGGCUUCAGAGGCAUGCCCAUGACGGAAGAGCAGCGGCGGCAGUUCAGCCCCGGUCCACGCACCACCAUGUUCCGCAUCCCAGAAUUCAAGUGGUCACCCAUGCAUCAGAGACUGCUCACUGACCUGCUGUUUGCCCUGGAGACUGACGUGCAUGUGUGGAGGAGCCACUCCACCAAGUCCGUAAUGGAUUUUGUGAACAGCAACGAGAACAUCAUCUUCGUCCACAACACAAUCCACCUCAUUUCUCAGAUGGUGGACAACAUCAUCAUCGCCUGUGGAGGCAUCCUGCCUCUCCUGUCUGCUGCCACUUCCCCUUCUAAUUCUAAGAGUAGUUCCAACACUAAGGCAGGAGGAGUCGGACCCCAGAGGGGGUCAAAGAGAGAGGAGGUGACCCCUGUUCCUGGGGGCCGAGGCGCAGGGGGAGAGACGGAGCUGGAGAACAUCGAGGCGACGCAGGGCAUGUCCUCAGAGACGGCCGUCACCUUCCUGUCCCGCCUCAUGGCCAUGGUAGACGUGCUGGUGUUCGCCAGCUCCCUCAACUUCAGUGAGAUUGAAGCGGAGAAGAACAUGUCUUCUGGGGGUCUGAUGAGGCAGUGCCUUCGCUUGGUGUGCUGUGUGGCAGUGAGGAAUUGUCUGGAGUGCAGGCAAAGACAGAGAGAUCGAAGCUGCAAAUCGUCCUUAACCAGCAGCAAGUCACAGGACAGCCUCCACAGUGCCUCCACCACCAGCAAGCAGGAUCCAGACAGACUCCUACAGGAUGUAGACAUCAAUCGCCUUCGAGCUGUGGUUUUCAGAGAUGUGGAUGACAGUAAGCAGGCCCAGUUUCUGGCGCUGGCGGUCGUCUACUUCAUCUCCGUUCUCAUGGUUUCUAAGUACCGGGACAUUUUGGAGCCCCAGCGGGAGAUUGGUAGGUCCACCAGCCUAUCAGGGAGAAGCAUCCGCCAUGAAAUCAACUCCCCAACGAGUACAGAGCACCCAUCCACAGGCUUCUCUGAUCGUGACAAACAGACCCCCACCCCUGUGGACGAUUCUCCCCGAGCCGGCCUCCCACACACAGACUCGGGCAUCGGCGAGGAGGGGCACGUGGCCGGGUCCCUGAACGGCUCGGAGAUAGGGCUGGGGCUUGGCCUCAGCCUGGUGGGGAGGGACACAGACAGAGAUCGAGACAGAGACAUGGGAGGAGGCGGGGGAGCGGGCGCGGAUCUGCUGUGUAGUCUGUCGUCUGACAUUAGGAGGUCACAGGAGAGCCUUCUGGAUUCCCCCCACAACCCCAGCUCCGCCCCCAACCCCAGCCAAGCCCCACCCUCCUCCAUCACCAGCAUCAGUCAGACAAACAAAGGCAUCAAUGUGAAGGAGAUCCUGAAGAGCUUGGUGGCGGCUCCAGUGGACGGCGGGGACCUGGGUCAGGAGUCUGGACCAACACCGUAUCACCCAGACCCUGCACUGAAGACGCACCCCAUGCUCCCCAUGCAGUUUCACUCCUUUGAUCGGAGCGUUGUGGUUCCGGUCAAAAAGCCGCCGCCCGGCAGCCUGUCCGUCAACACGGUGGGCACGCCCACCACCGGCGGCGCCGCCACUGCGGGCAGCACGCCCAACAUCUUCGCUGCAGCGACGGCGACGCCCAAGAGCAUGAUCAACACCACAGGUGCCACAGACUCCGCGUCCUCCUCCUCCUCCUCCUCUUCGUCAUUCGUCAACGGUGCCACCAGCAAAAAUCUGCCGGCAGUGCAGACGGUUGCGCCCAUGCCUGAAGACACGAUGGAGAACAUGAGUGCCUAUUGUGAGGUGGCGCAGUGUGCGCUGCGCAGCGGUCAGACGCCCCCUGAGCUCAAGUCUUUUAGCUCUCUGGCAGGCUUCCAGGCAGCUCCCCGAGAUGCAGGACAGUGCUUUAGCAUCACCACCAAGCUGGAGCGCGCCCUGGAGAAGGUGGCGCCGCUGCUGAGGGAGAUCUUCGUGGACUUCGCCCCUUUCCUGUCCAGGACGCUGCUGGGUAGCCAUGGGCAGGAGCUGCUCAUAGAAGGUACAGGUCUGGUGUGCAUGAAGUCGAGCACGUCUGUGGUGGAGCUCGUCAUGCUGCUGUGCUCUCAGGAGUGGCAGAACUCCAUUCAGAAGAAUGCUGGGCUGGCCUUCAUAGAGCUCAUUAAUGAGGGAAGACUCCUGUGCCACGCUAUGAAGGAUCACAUUGUGCGCGUUGCCAACGAAGCAGAGUUCAUCCUGAACAGACAGAGGGCCGAGGAUGUGCACAAACACGCUGAGUUUGAGUCCAACUGUGCACAGUACGCUGCUGACCGGAGGGAGGAGGAGAAGAUGUGUGAUCACCUCAUUAGUGCCGCUAAGCACAGAGACCACGUGACUGCUAACCAGCUGAAACAGAAGAUCCUCAACAUCCUGACCAAUAAGCACGGAGCGUGGGGGACAAUGUCACAGAGUCAAUUACACGACUUUUGGCGUUUAGACUACUGGGAAGAUGAUCUGAGGAGGAGACGGAGAUUUGUGCGAAAUGCCUUUGGAUCCACUCAUGCUGACGUGUCGCUGAAGGCUCUGGACGACUACAGUACAGAAGAGGAGGAGGAGGGGCUUAAGUCGAAGAAGAAUUUCCGCAGCCAAUCGGUAGUCGCGCAGAACCCUGAGGCGGAAUUAAUGCUGGAGGGAGACGAUGACGCCGUCAGCCUCCUGCAGGAAAAGGAGAUCGACAACCUUGCUGGCCCAGUGGUUCUGAGUACUCCAGCACAGUUGGUGGCUCCAGUGGUUGUGGCUCGAGGGACUCUGUCCAUCACCACCACUGAGAUUUACUUUGAGGUGGAUGAAGAGGAUCCCGCUUUCAAGAAGAUAGAUGCUAAGGUGCUGGCCUAUUCGGAAGGUCUGCAUGGCAAGUGGAUGUUCAGCGAGAUCCGAGCUGUGUUUUCUAGACGGUACCUGCUGCAGAACACUGGACUUGAGGUGUUCAUGGCCAACAGAACUUCUGUGAUGUUUAACUUUCCUGACCAGGCCACAGUCAAACGGGUGGUGUACAGUCUCCCACGGGUGGGCGUAGGAACGAGUUACGGCCUCCCUCAGGCCAGGCGGAUUUCCUUGGCCACCCCGCGUCAGCUGUUCAAGUCGUCCAACAUGACACAGCGCUGGCAGAGGAGAGAGAUCUCCAACUUUGAGUACCUCAUGUUCCUCAACACUAUUGCAGGGAGGACCUAUAAUGAUUUGAACCAGUACCCCGUCUUCCCCUGGGUUCUGACCAACUAUGACUCAGAGGAGCUCGAUCUCACGCUACCUGGCAACUUCAGAGACCUCUCCAAGCCAAUCGGUGCACUGAAUCCAAAGCGAGCAGCGUUUUACGCCGAGCGUUACGAGACCUGGGAUGACGACAGCUCGCCUCCCCACCACUACACAACCCUGUACUCCACGGCUCACUCAACACUUCUGUGGAUGCUCAGAAUAGAACCGUUCACCACAUUUUUCCUCAACGCGAACGACAGCAAGUUUGACCAUCCAGACAGAGCCUUCUCUGGAAUCGGCCGCUCGUGGAGGAACUGUCAGAGAGACACGGCUGAUGUGAAGGAGCUGAUCCCAGAGUUCUACUACUUGCCUGAGAUGUUUGUCAACAGUAAUGAGUACGAGCUCGGUGUGCGCGACGACGGAGUUCCCGUGUGUGACGUGGAGCUUCCAGUCUGGGCCAAGAAACCUGAAGACUUUGUCCGAAUUAACCGGAUGGCGUUGGAGAGCGAGUUCGUGUCCUGCCAGCUGCACCAGUGGAUCGAUUUAAUAUUCGGCUACAAGCAGCGAGGGCCAGAAGCGGUCAGAGCUCUGAACGUCUUCAGCUUCUUGUCCUACGAGGGAACGGUCAACCUAGACGGGUUAGAUGCUGCACAGCGGGAGGUGAUCGAGACACAAAUUCAGCUCUGCGGUCAGAUUCCCUCCCAGCUGCUGAUAGAGCCACACCCCCCUCGCUCCUCGGCCAUGCACCUGUGUUUCCUUCCCCAGAGCCCCUUGAUGUUUAAGGAUCAGAUGCAGCAGGACGUCAUCAUGGUUCUCAAGUUCCCCUCCAACUCUCCCGUCACCCACGUCGCGGCCAACACGCUCCCACACCUCAGCAUACCGGCAGCCGUCACUGUCACGUGUAGCCGGCUAUUUGCCGUCAACCGCUGGCACAACACCGUUGGCCUCCGUGGAGCGCCAGGAUACUCCCUGGAACAGGCUCAUCAUCUGCCCAUUGAGAUGGACCCUCUCAUAGCAAACAACUCAGGCGUGAACAAGCGUCAGAUCACUGACCUGGUGGACCAGAGCAUACAAAUCAACACGCACUGCUUUGUGGUUACCGCCGACAACCGCUACAUCCUGGUCUGCGGCUUCUGGGACAAGAGCUUUCGCGUUUAUUCCACUGAAACCGGAAAACUGACCCAGAUUGUUUUUGGCCACUGGGAUGUGGUGACGUGUCUGGCUAGAUCAGAGUCCUACAUCGGAGGAGACUGCUACAUCGUGUCAGGGUCCAGAGACGCCACUCUCCUGCUUUGGUACUGGAGUGGACGACACCACAUUAUAGGGGACAACCCAAACAACAGUGAUUAUCCUGCUCCCAGGGCAGUGCUGACAGGACAUGACCAUGAGGUGGUGUGUGUGUCUGUCUGUGCAGAGCUAGGACUGGUUAUUAGUGGCGCUAAAGAGGGACCGUGCUUAGUCCACACCAUCACAGGGGACCUGCUCAGGGCUCUGGAGGGGCCGGAGCUGUGUCAACGGCCUCGCCUCAUUUCGGUGUCCAGCGAAGGCCACUGCAUCAUCUACUACGAGAGAGGUCGCUUCUGCAACUUCAGCAUCAACGGGAAACUCCUGGCCCAGAUGGAGGUGAACGAUUCCACUCGGGCCAUCCUGUUGAGCAGUGAUGGACAGAACCUGGUGACAGGCGGUGAUAAUGGAGUUGUGGAGGUGUGGCAGGCGUGCGACUUCAAGCAGCUUUACAUCUACCCGGGCUGUGACGCCGGCAUCCGUGCCAUGGACCUGUCACAUGACCAGAGGACCCUCAUCACCGGCAUGGCAUCUGGCAGCAUUGUGGCAUUUAACAUAGACUUCAACCGCUGGCACUAUGAACACCAGAACAGGUACUGAGGUGGACCGUGAGAGGAGAGGAGAGCAUUCUGCUGUGCGCCUGCGACACGAGGGGGAAACCACAGGUACCGAGAGGAAGGAAAAACAAGUACCGGACCUUAGGCUCUGAUCCCUUUAGAAGUUUACCUGCUCUGAGGACACGGCAGCGCUGGUGGAGUACGUGUACGUACGCACACGUGUGUAAACACAGACACAUAAUACCCAGAAGAAACACUCCAAAACUUGCUAAUAAAAUAGACAGACUGCAGAACGGGGGAGAACGAGCGAAUGGAGCGGGCCUUGUAGAGGUCAGUCACAUCCGUACCGCUCGGGCCGGUGCAGUAGUGGUUCCUGGUACGCUUAGCGCUUCACAGACAAAGACGUUUGCUUUGUGCUUUUCCUUGUUUGGCUUUUACUUUGAAGGGAGCUCAGCGUGGGAUUUAAUUUGGGUGCACCACAAAUCCAGACUAAACGCGUCUAAACUGAUUAGAAAUGAUCAGAAAUGAGCCAGCCCCAUUUAGUGCUAAACCGGUGCUAUUGGAUUAAUCUUAAAUUAAUUCUUGAAAAUGGUCUGGGGGUUUUAUUUGAUUUCAUUUCCCUGUACCUUCCUUUUAUUUUUCUGAUAUUAAUUUCAGUUGUUCUUCUUUUACCCACAGCAGGGUUUAAUUUCAUUUCUAUGUAAAUAAGGCUCCGCUUCCCUCGGAGUCUACACUCGUUCUUUCACUACACAAACUGCGCUUAUCACCUUUAAUUUAUUAACGACUUGCUGUAUGUAAAAUACUGUGUAAUAAUUAUUAUAAUGUUGACAAGACUGAUGGUAAUAAUGGCAGUGUGAUGGAUGAUGAUUGUUUUGCGGAGACAGUAAUGAUAAGGAGAUAUCGGCCGCUCCACCAAGGAUGAAAACCACAGGCUGACAUGGAUUCCUUUGUAUAUUUGGUGAUUGUUUUGUCAAAUAUGUACAUAUAGUCUUGGUUCAGGCUUGGUGGAAGAAUUAAUCAGCUGAAUAAGACCGAUAGCGCAAAGGAAAACUUCACUUACCCACAUUUGUUGAUUAUUUAAAAAAAAGAGAAUCAGAUCAAUGUAAAAGUUUGUUUUGUAUUUGCACUUUGCACCAAUCACACAUCAUUAUUUAUUAGCUUGGUUUCUUCUGGUCGGCUGCCGUUUCGUUUAGGUCCAUUUUCCCGACGGGAUUAUUUGUGCAUUGAUGUUUGUAUUUAAGACAUAAACUCAUGUGUGAUUAUUAAGUUUUACAACCUCACAGUUGUAAGCAAUAUCAUGAUUCUGUAGCGGAUAGGAGGGGGGAGGAGGCGCGGGGACAUGGCAGAUGUACUGUAUGUGUGAAGCCAUCUUGAUCAAAUGCACACAUGCACAUACUCUAUCGACUUACGUAUCCAAAAAAAAGGUUACAUAUUUUUGGAUCUAUGAAACCCUAAAAACUAUUGUAUUCAUGUUUUAUUGCAAAGAUGUAAAAUAUGACAUGUGUGAGUUGAAAAAAAAAGUCAUGAUAAGAAAAAUAAAAUAUGCAAAGAA